UGACGGAGCGUGGAGUUUCAGGAAGUCCUCGGCGACAACAGAGCGAAGAUAGCGCAUUUUGCCCACCACAUUGUGUUGUUUCCCCACACAGCCGGUUGAGAAAACCAUGUAGCCACGUUUGAUAUCGUCAAUGUGCAUAAAGUUAAAGACUCGUGGAAAGUUACUCGCGGUGACUGUGGCCGCUGUGCUGUUCAUCUCCACCACUUGGCGAACCGCUUGCCUCUUUUGUACUAUGCUAAUCAAGUUAGCCUGGACGGCUAGCGGUAUGGUAACUUUAGCCAGGCAGCUGGAUAAACACUCAAAUCAAAGUUGAGCUUCAGGCGGCUGUAAUCCGUGCUUUCCCAACGUGGCGAAAGUGGAGUAGUGUCCACCUUUAUAGAGGACAAUGCCACGUUUGCAGUCUGGCGUGUGGAAGCAUUUCACCCCAGCGAUCAAAGAUGGCAGGGAGACCUUCAUGUGCAACUACUGCUCGAAGACACACUCCAAGAAUGCCACCAAGAUGCAGAUGCAUUUGGACAAAUGCAAGGAGUACUCCGUGGUGUCGCAGCAGUCGCCGGGAACAGAUGGAAGUUCCUCUGCCUCCAUUCCCGUUCCCUCCUCCUCGUUCCUGCCAUCUGCCACUCCUGGGGGACAGUUCCUCAUCGAUUCGGUGGAUCAGGGCAGCCAGGCGUUUGCUGACGAGUGCCUGGCCAGAGCUGUCUAUGCCACUUCCUCACCUCUCAGUCUCACAGACAAUGUUUACUGGAGACGGUUUUUCAGUGUGCUUCGGCCCGCGUACUGUCCACCCACCAGACAGGCUUUGUCCUCUCAUCUCCUGGACUGCGAGUAUGACAGAGUACAAAGCCAGGUUCACGAGACCAUAGGGAAAGCCGACUGUGUCACCAUCGUCUGCAGCGGCUGGUCUAACAUACAAGAGACUGGAACAAUCAAUUACAUCGUCUCAACUCCUUUGCCGCUGUUUUACAAAAGCACGCAGACAAAGGAGAACACGCACACGAGCGCAUUCAUUGCCGAGGAACUGAAAGCUAUCGUUAAUGAAGUGGGACCACAGAAGGUUUUUGCCGUUGUCACUGACGAUGCCCCAGAGAUGAAAGCGGCUUGGGCUCAAAUAGAGGAAGCUUUCCCACACGUUACAGCCAUCGGGUGCACGGCGUACGGUGUCAAGCGGCUCUUCGACGACGUGGCAGCGCAGCCGUCGAUGAAAGCGCUGUGCAGGAGAGCCGAGCAGGUCGUGAGGUAUUUCAGGGAGAGAAAGCUGUUAGCAGAGACCUUUAAACACUGGCAGACGACAAAGAUUAGAAACCACACUGCCAGUGGGACGACACUGGUGCUGCCCUCUAACACCGACUGGACAGGGGUAGUUAACAUGUACAACAGCCUUCUUGAGGGGCAGAACUCUCUCCAAGAGAUGGCUGUCUCACCCACAUUGGAUGUCGAAUCAUCCAUCAGGGCCACACUACAGGAUGCAGCGUUUUGGAAAGGGAUAAGUAGCAGCCGAAACCUGCUUUACCUGGUUGGAAAUUACAUUGAUUACAUGAAAAGAGAAGAUGCAGUCCUCUCCGGUGUUGUUGAAAUGUUCAGUCAGUUAAGAUACCACAUUGGAGCGUCCCUCUCUGAGUCUGUGCUGCACGCCGCCGAACAGAAGGCCGUCUUGGUCUCCCUGGACAGGUGUCAGGAGUUUUGUGUCAAGCCCAUCCACGCAGCAGCAUACAUGCUGGAUCCAAAGCAUGUUGGACAGCAGACGCUCUCGGGGGAGCAAAUAAACACUGCUUACUAUGUGAUUUCCAAUCUGUCGCACCAUCUAAAUCUAGACGAGGGUAAAGUGCUUGGCAGCUUCGCCAGGUUUUCAGCCAAGCAGGGCCUGUGGAAGGGAGGAGGGAUCUGGAGUUCGUGCCAGCAUGUGUCCGCAUCCACCUGGUGGAAAGGGCUGUGUUCCUCUGAGCCGCUGUCCGCCGUGGCCGCCGCCAUACUACAGAUCCCACCGACAACAGGAGCCUGCGAGCGCCUCUGGUCGCGCUUUGGCAACGCAAAGGUGCGGGGUGCUCUCUCGGCGGACAGGGUGCAGAAACUGGCGGCAGUACAGGCAAACCUCAAGCUGUUAGAGCCGAGUGAUUGUGAGUUUGCUCCGCUGGAGAGCGAGGAAGAGGAGAAAGAUUCGUUUGAAUCUGAGACUCACUAAAAAGACUGAAUGCGAUAGCUCAAGGCUGCACGUUUUCUAAUUUUAGUUGCCAGAAGAAAUUAGGAAAAGAUGUUGCAAGUCAUCGGGAGUCAAGAAAAUACAUACGGCUUGUGACAUUAAAUGCGAAUUUCCUUGAAGAUGCGGUCAGUUCUUCGUCUGAACUUUGUAAGCUAUGUUUGCACUGAGUCACAUUCCUUUUUUCACUCCUAGGCCUGUGUAAAAUUUAAACAUGUAAGGAGGGCAGGCUCUCCUGUCACACUAACAUGAGGUUGAUGUAACCUGGUUAAAUCUGAUGCCUUCAUGCCUUUUUAAUUAGAGAUACUGCUUACUGUGGAGCGUAGUAGUAGUAGUCUUUUUUUUUUUUUUUUAAUUACAGUAUGUAUCAGCUUUAUAAUCAGAGCAGUAAAGAGGUAGAGGGAAUGAAUAUGUAGACUAACAAGAGUUCUAAUUAUCUCUGUUAGAAGGAUCACAUGGUGUAAAUAAAACUUUGUUUUUUAUUGAAGGAAA